CUACGUAAUUUAGAUUUAAAGCCGUCAUCACCAUCACCUGCAGACCGUAUCGGCUCGGAGCGGCGCAGAAAUUACAGGAAAAUGGUGUUGUUUACUAUGAUCGCGCGGUUGGCGGAUGGACUGCCUCUGGCCGCCUCCAUGCAAGAAGACGAACAGAUGGGUCGAGACAUGCAGCAGUAUCAGAGCCAGGCCAAGCAGCUGUUUCGGAAGCUUAAUGAACAGAGUCCAACACGCUGCACACUGGAGGCCGGAUCCAUGACCUUUCAUUACCUGAUAGAGCAAGGGGUGUGUUACCUGGUGCUCUGCGAGGCCGUGUUCCCCAAGAAACUCGCCUUCGCCUACUUAGAAGAUCUCCAAGCCGAGUUCCACGAGCAGUACGGGAAGAAAGUUCCCACCGUCUCCAGACCGUACUCCUUCAUCGAGUUCGACACGUACAUCCAGAAAACGAAGAAGUCUUACAUCGACAGCCGAGCUCGCAGGAACCUGGGCAGCAUCAACACGGAGCUGCAGGACGUCCAGAGGAUCAUGGUGGCCAACAUCGAGGAGGUGCUGCAGCGAGGAGAGGCCUUAUCUGCGUUGGACUCCAAGGCCAGCAACCUGUCCAGCUUGUCCAAGAAAUACCGCAGCGACGCCAAGUACCUGAACACGCGCUCCACCUACGCCAAGCUGGCGGCCGGCGGCGUCUUCUUCAUCAUGCUCAUCGUCUACGUCCGCUUCUGGUGGCUGUGAGGACCAGGACGAGGAGGCGGAGGCAGGGAGGAAGGAAGGAGACGUGACGGAGGAGGCUCGGAUGUCGCGCCGAAGGAGGCGGGAAAGACCCGCCGUCACUCUCCCUUUCCUCAGAGACUGACGGUUCCGGCACUUUCUCUCCCCAAGCAGUUCGCUAGACUGAGUUACGAUUCUUCGAUUGUUCACAUGUUGUAUGUUUUAUUAAUUGAUGAAGAUGAGUGAUUGCGUGAAUGUGUGAGUGUUUGAAGAGAUAGUGACGUGAUGAGCGAUGGCGAGAGAGAAACCGCCCACCAAAACAAGAGCGCCACCAAGUGGACAUUUUGCCUCAUUUCACAAUCAUAACAAGGUCACUUAAAGGCUCAUUCACGCUUUCACUCACUCACACAUACAUUCAUUCAUUCAUUUGCGCUCCGAAUGGAGGGAUUGCAGGUUUUUUCCCCCAGGUUUACACGCCAUGUCUUAGGCAGUCCAGUACACAGCUGUGAAAACCACCACAGUGAGGAGGAAAAAAGAAAAAAAAAAAGACUCUCUGGUGUACUUUUGCCUUCCAGUCGAUAAUAACGCAGUUCCGUGUCUGAUGCCUGUACGUUUCAGUGUCUAUUACGCUAAUAAACAGCCGACGUUUC